AUGCUUAGAAUUAGGACGUUUAUUCUCGUUUUUUCUGUUAUUUAUUUAAUAUAUGGAUAUGAAAGUCCAAUAGAAGAAAAAGAUUUUAGAAGACUAUUAAAACAAAAUAAAAAUGUUCUUGUACUUUGUUCACCAAAUGAGAAAACUGCAAAACCAGUUCUUCAAUUAUUUAAACAAGUUGAACCAGAAAUAAAAGGUCUAGGUUUACUUGUUUAUAUUAGUUGCGAAAAAGGAAAAAAACUUUGUAAAAAAUUCAAAUGUGAUACAAAUAAUAAUGAAUUACGACAUUUUAAAGAUGGAGAUUUUCAUAAAGUAUAUGAUCGUGCACAUGUAGCAAAGUCUAUGAUAACUUUUAUGCUUGAUCCGAAAGGUGAAAUGCCAUGGGAUGAAGAUGAACUUACUCGUGAUAUUCUUCAUUUAAAUAAUCCAAAAGAUUUUGAACGUGUAUUAAAAAAAUCAUUACCAUUAUUAAUUUUUUUCUAUGCACCAUGGUGUGGAUAUUGUAAAAAAUUAAAACCUUUGUAUGCUGAAGCUGCUACUGAAGUUCGUGGUCAAUAUCAAUUAGCUGUUAUGAAUGUUGAUAAAGUUGAAAAUUAUCCAAUGCGUAGACAAUUCAAUAUAACUGGAUUUCCUACUCUUAUCUAUUUUGAAAACGGUGAAGAAAAAUUUCAUUAUACAGGUGGUCAUACUAAAGAUGAUAUUAUAAAAUGGCUUAAAGAUCCACAACCACCAAAAGAACCAUCAGCCGAAGAAGCUGCAACAGAAUUCUUUCCAACUGAUAGUGAAAAUGUUAAUUAUGUUGUUCAUUUGAAUGAUGAUACAUUCGAUACAUUUAUUGCUGAAAAUGCUCAAUCACCUAUUUUAGUAAUGUUCUACGCACCAUGGUGUGGACAUUGUAAAAGUUUGAAACCAGAGUUAAUUAAAGCAUCAAUUGAUUUACAUGAUCAACAGAGUAAUGCUAUAAUCGCAGCUAUCGAUUCAACUAAAUCACCAAAAUUAUCAAAACAAUACAAAAUCGAAGGAUUUCCAACAAUGAAAUUUUUCAGAGAUGGAAAAUAUGCUUUCGAGACAAAUGAAAGAACAGCUGACAAAAUUGUUGCAUUUUUAAAAGAUCCAAAAGAACCACCACCACCUGAACCAGAAUGGUCUGAACAAGAAACAGAUGUUGUUCAUUUAAAUGAAGAAAAUUUUAAAACACUUUUAAAGAAAAAGAAAUCUGCUUUAGUCAUGUUUUAUGCACCAUGGUGUGGUCAUUGUAAAAAAGCCAAACCUUUAUAUACUAGUGCUGCAGCAAAAUUUAAAGACAAUCCAAAAGUUAUGUUUUCUGCUAUUGAUUGUACAAAACAACGACCAAUAUGUAAAGAAUAUGAAGUACCUGGUUAUCCAACAAUAAAAUAUUUUAAUUAUGGAAAAUAUAUUGCAGAAUACGGAAGUGACAGAACAGAAGAAGCUUUCGUUGAAUUUAUGAAUAAUCCAGAAGAACAAUUAAAUAAACCAAAACCUACACCACCACCACCAGCUGAUCCAAUUGAAUUUUGGAAAGAUUCAGGACCAGGUUAUGAAAAUGUUCAUCUACUUAAAUCAAGUACAUUUGAUUCAAUUAUUGGUCAAUCUCGUAAAGCAUUAAUUAUGUUCUAUGCACCAUGGUGUGGACAUUGUAAAAAAGCAAAACCUACUUUUUCAUCUGUUGCAUCUCAACUCGCUUCAACACAUAAGGAUAUUAUUAUUGGUGCUGUUGAUGCAACUGCUGAAAGAGAUUUAGGUAGUAAAUAUUCAGUUAAAGGUUUUCCAACAUUUUUAUACUUCGAAAAUGGUCAAUUAUCAUCAGAGUAUGAUGGUGGUCGAAGUGAACAAGAUCUUUUAACAUAUUUAACUGGUUCAACGGAUAAAGUUGAAUUAUAA